CACUGCCAUAUCUAAAUUCUCAUCUCGUUACAAGACUACCUCCCCCGCAUUUUAAAUCAAAGCCUUCCCAAAAUGAAGUUCCAAAUUCCUCUGCUCCUCCUGGCGAAUGCUUUUACCUACGCCUUGGCUGAGGCGGCCGGUGCUGGCACGGCCCUUGACGUUCGCUCCCAUGCUCGUGACUUCGUAACAAGAGCGAGCGACGCUCUGCCAGACCUUGACUUAUCUAAGAGGGCUGCUCCCCCAGUGCCCGCGGGCAAAGACGCGACGAGGCUUCACGUAUGGAUUCGCACAGAUGAGCGUCCGUCUACCUACGAUGACCGCAGCGGCGCGAAACACGAUGGGCUCAAUCAACUCAUGAAAGACACUGGCGGUCGCCAUAAGGACGUUGUCAUCGGCAAUAGCAAAGGCUACUACGAGUACGGGCUCCAAUUCAACGACCGCAGUUGGCAAAAAAAGCCGAACGGUGACGGUGCCGCUGUGAGCGAGUACGCCGGACCAUAUGUGGAAGUGAAAGGUGGGCAUGAAUCGUACGAGUACAAGGGGGAAGUAAAAGACAAGAGGAAAACCCUUAACAGCAUUUCUAACACGGCAAGAACUGAGAUCUCAGGAAAGGUCUACAACCACCAGUCGUACAACUGUGGGACCUUUGCACAAGAUUUGGUGCAUGCGCUGGUGUGACAAAGGCCGAUUUGAGGAAGACAUGAGUACAAGCAUCACUCGGCAACUUGUUUCACCGACAUAUCGUAUUCAAGCCAUAGAGUGCGUGCAAACCUGGAUGAACAUAUUGUU